CUGCAUCUGAGUAUUUACAAUUUGGAAGUUAAGAGUGCAUUUUCACAAAAACAUUAAUAUGCUUGGUCUGAAUCAAUUUGAUAUCAGUAACAAAGGAGGUUUCGUAAAUGAUGAUAAUAAAGGGUCUACUGCAAAGAAAAAAGAGCAAGUCAGACGCGUUCAAAAUGUUGUUCCUGUAUUCAUAUCUCACAUACUUGAUUGCACUGAUGAGGAAUUCAAUUUAUGUGGAAUGCCGGUCCAAAUCGCUAGUGUUGUGGGCGUUUUAAGAAACUUUGGGGUCCAGACCACCAAAGCCACCUGCAUCAUUGAGGACAACAGUGCCUCGAUUAAGGCUAUUAUGUGGUUAGAGGUCGAUAAUGAAACCGUAACACCGGCUCUUCUCCCUGUCAAAGAGAAUUGUUAUGUUCGCGUUUUUGGUUCAAUCCGCAACCAAGAUAAUGAAAAGAUUCUCAUGAUUUUGAAGAUGCUACCAAUUGAUGAUUUAAACCUCAUAACAAAUCAUCUUUUGGAAAUCGUUCAAACGAAAUUAGACGCCGAAAGACUGGCAGAAGGUCGACUUCCCCACAGUGAUGUAUCCAUGGCGGCUACUUCAACAACUACAGAUAAUUCAGAGGGACUUAUGCCAAUGCAAGUCAGAAUUAUUAACUUGUUGAAACCUAUCAAAACUAAAAGUGAAUUGAGCAGGAGCGAAAUUUUGCAACAUUUUGGACCACAAGCGAGGGAGGCUGGGAUUGCUUUGGAUUUCUUACUGGAUGAGGGACACGUGUAUACCAGUGUUGAUACCGAUCAUUAUAAGGCCACAGAUGCCGAUUAAAUUUUUAUUUAAUUUACUUAAGGCCACAGAUGCCGAUUAAAUUUUUAUUUAAUUUACUUAAGGCCACAGAUGCCGAUUAAAUUUUUAUUUCAUUUACUUAAGGCUACAGAUGCCGAUUAAAUUUUUAUUUCAUUUAAUUUUUUUAUACCCCACAUUUAAUUUGAAAUAUUUGAUGGACGCUAAAUCCAUGUAUCAUUUACUUUUAUAGUCGAAUAAAAUUGUUAUC